AUGGCGACCGCGGGAGAUACGAUGGCCUCGCCCACGGGGUCAACGACAAGCAGUGAGGGGGAAAACAACAUGACAGCAAGCAAAGGCCGUCUCUGUGUGGUGGACGUGGCACCCUUUCGGGCCUCGCACGUGAUCAAGGGCUCGGUCUAUGAUGAAUAUGGCGCCACCUUUAUCAAUCACGAGAUUGACGCCGAGUGCGGGCUGCGGGCCGGCGACCGCCUCAUGGCCAUCGACGGCUCGAGCGUUGUCGAUGCAGCAUAUGGAGAUGUUGGUAAACGCUUUGCCAAGGUCCGCCGCUAUGGUGGCCGUGUCAUUGUCCAACGUCUCCAGCCCGCCAGCUGGAACGCCAUCAAUCAGGAGGUGCGCCAGCGGCGUGACCGCCGCCGCCUUGAACAAGCUCAAAAGCACCAGGAUCGUCCCACCCGUCGCCCUACCCUCGCUGUUCAUAUGCGCCCUAUUCACAUGACCUCCUCCCGAGGUGGUCUUGUCGCGGGCACCAUCCUCUACGCCGACAUGACCGCUGCCGACGCACAAGCCCUGACGCGGCACUGUAGCUUUUGCCGUGCCUUUGGUGCCAUCGAGUAUGGCACCAGUUCAGCGGCCCGCAAAGCCGCAAAAGCUGCCGCGCAGGCUUCAAAAGCCUCUGCCGCACCGUCAACCUCAGAUGCCACCACCAGCCCCGCCUCUCAGCCCACAGCCACGCUGGUCAAACAUGACAUUGUCAUUGCUGCCGGGAGCUUCUCCCUCCUCGCCCAGCGUGACCCCCUCAACAAGUUUCAAAUGAUCUCUCAACAAGCGGUGGCUUCCUCCCGAAUGCGCCUUAUGGUCCUUCGCCCCACCAUCCCACUCCAGCACUCCCCCACCCACGCCCAACGCAAAAACGCUGCCGGGGCACCCAAAGUCGUGUUUAAGCGUGCCGUCGAGUCGCCUGCCGAACCCGGGUUUCAACGAGACGCUGCUCGCCGGGCCGAAGAGGAUGCCUCCACUCUCCGUCAGCUCGACGUCGUCCACCGUGAACUGCAGGAGCUAACCGUCCCUUGGUACAACGACGCAGAUCGUAUGCCACGCCUGCACCUCCUAGACGGUUCCCGCACCCCCUCGCCGCUCAUGAGCCUGCAAGCGUCGCCUAGUGCGGCCGGGGCUUCCCAGGCCGAUGGACGGCUGGCCGGCACUGCUAUCCUCGGUGCAACAGGAGUGGUGCGCCAAGAUCUCUCUCUGCGCUGGACCGUGGACAAGUCUCGCACCACUCGCCACAACGUGACCCUGCCCCCGGAUGGAGGCAUGGCGCUCGCUCAGUUGAUUCAGCACCCAGACAGCCGUAUCCAGGCCCGUGUGGUCAUUCACUCCGUUUGGGACCCCGCACUCCGUGAGGCCGGUUUGCAGCCAGGCUUGGCUCUUGUGGCUGUCAACGGAGACGAUGUGUCGGGUUUCUCGGUUCACGACCUCUUUGACCUGCUGCUGAGCGUGCACACCAAGUUUGGGCUCGAAGUGCAGCUCGACGUCUGCAAGGUACCCGAAGUACUGGCCCAGGUCUGGUCCCCUGAAAGCCCACGAUGCUACGGCAUGCUGGUGGACGGUCUUGACCAGGCCCAUCACGAACUCGAGGUGGAGGCUUUCCUUUCAGAAACUGGACCGGCCCUGAUCGCCUCCAUUGGACAUCGCCACCCCCUCACCAACCGAAUCCAGCUGGGCGAGCAAUUGCAUGCCAUUAAUGACAUGGACCUGAGUAGCUGCACCUAUGGUCAGGUACAAGCCAUGCUCAAGGAUGUGCUGGCAGAUAGCCAAUUCAUGACGGUGGUGGUUGGCCCAGCCCCUGUGGCACUUCAGCACGAGCUACUGAGUACCCGUACGGUCACGGUGCCGCGAGCGCUGAAUGGCAGAGCCGGCUUUUUCUUGCUGGGCCCCAAUGACUUUCCCACCACCGAGGCUCAAACUGUGGGCUCGUACGUGGUGGAGGUGACCCCGAGCAUUGCCAGCAAGCUCUUUGUGGGUGAUCGCAUCAUGCAGGUCAACGGUAUAUUGGCAGCCGUGCAGCCAUGCAAAACAGUGCGUGAUAUGAUCCGCGCCGCCCCCGGACUGGAGCUUGAGCUGACAGUCCGACAUGAUGCCGUGGGCAUGGCGAUGCUUCUUGAAGAACUACGCACCAACAACCGCGUUGAGAACAGCAGCUUGGUGCACAGCGAUUCGACCAUACACACACUGCUCAACCAGCGCCCAAGUCUUCCUACCAAGCGCUAUCAAUGGCCAAAAAAGGAGAGAGUGGAGGUCGAUCAACUCCAGCGCCCAGCGCAGAGCCUGGCUGGCUGCUGGCUUGUCAGUGGCGGAUCUGGGGUCUGGGUGCUUCCCCCUUUGCGCAACCCUGCCAUGGAGGCCCUCGAUCUGGACGCUAUCCCCAACAGUGCAACGUCCGAUUCCGCUGCAGUCGGCACCAGAACACCCGAUACCACCGAUACCAGAGACCGCCCCUGGUCCCCGCCCCUUCAGCCCACACUGGUUCGACCAGCAGCCGCCCCAACCCGAGUCAUCAAUCUAACCCCAGCUUCAGAUGCCGCGUCACCCCAACCGGGCAAAGAUGCCACCUUGGCCUCCAAAACACGAGCGCAGCUGUCCGCAGAUCGCCAGCGAACGGAGCGCAUGUUACUCGCUGGCUCACAAGGAGACGAGUUUGUGGAAACAAUGAAUACUUUGCAACGUGCAGCCAAUCUACAGGAUCAGCGCCGCCAAGCAGCUCAACACACACAUGUUGCGAAUACCUCUGACUUCACGUUGGGAAGUGCCAUACUUGGCCAAGGCGAAUCCAACGUGCCCCGAGCCACUGUCGUCACCAACACCAUCCAUCCUGGCAACCGAAGCUCUGGCGCCGAACCUACGGAAUCCUUACCUUCCAGCGCUGCUCCUGGAGCCCUCAUAUCCUCCCCUACCAGCUCGGCGAUACAGGUGCACCACCGCGUGCUCGAGGACAGCAGCGAUGACGAGGCAGAAGAAGUGCCUUCUUCCAACGGCCCAACGUUUCCCUCAACUCAAGAGUCAGCGUCAGCACCACGCAAGAGCAGAGCACCUGAUGAGACGGCUCGCCGCAAACGUGCCGAGGGCGGCACUCGCAAAAUCGUUCCAGUAUCAUUCGAGGUUCUCACCAAGGAUCACUUGGACCAGCGCGUUCUAGUUGACGGGUAUGGAUCCGGGGUCUUGCGCUUUGUCGGCCGCACACCAUUUGACAACGGCAAAGGCUUGUGGCUUGGCGUCGAACUUGAUGGGGCCACCGGCACUAAUGACGGCAGUCUACUCGCUCCACGGCGCGUUGCAGUGGCAUCAGCCAACCCCGAGUCUGUACACGAGAAGCUGCCUGACCCAGCUCGACCAGAACCGAAAGCACCAUCCACUUCUGAAGACGACGGCCUGGCACUGGUCCAGGCACAACUCUUGGCGGCGCUCGAGGCGCAGCAGGGCAACACGGCGACAGCAGAGGAGGAACAACUGUCAGAUUCGAGUCAACAACAAGCUGACACGAAUGAGGACAAUGACGUAUUUACCGAUGAAACUGCUUCGGUGCCACCGACUGCCGACAACGCCGCCCCCUCGUUGGGAUUGCUUGAUGUGGGCCUGUUGACCAGAGCCCUAGCUCAGCUGGGCAUUUUACCCACCACGACACCUACGCCCCCGAAACCACAGAUGACGGCAUUACACAAGGCAGCCUUUCAUGGUCAGACGGCUCGCAUCAAGCGUAUUCUCGAGCACCAGCAGGUGGACGUGGAUGCCAUUGAUCAGCAUGGCCGCCGACUGCCUCUGCACUGGGCAACACAGAACGAGGACCCCGAGAUUUUGUCUGUAUUGCUCAAGAAAUGCCCACGCCUUAACAUCAACGCGUGUGACAAGGCCCAAAUGACGCCUGUGAUGUGGGCUUGCUAUCAUGGUCGGCCUCGCAAUGUGCGACGGCUGCUCAAAUACGGGGCAGAAUUGGACGAAAAGGACAUUGAUGGCAAGACAGCUAUGCACUGGUGCAUCCACGACGACGACGUCACUUGCCUCAAGCUCUUGCUGACUGUGGAUGCCACCUUUUUCCGUGACAGCUUUGGAAAAACGCUCAUGCAUGUGGCAGCUGAAAAGAAUAGCUCGGCCGCCAUCCGCCUUAUCGCCGCUGCGCGGGCUGACGCCAUUCAUGACGAGGACAAGAAUGGCCGCACCCCCUUACACUGGGCAGCGGCCAGUGGUUGUGCGAAUGCGGUGCAAGAAUUGCUGCGGCGUGGCGCCAACCCACAAGUCACUGACCGACGUGGGGCAAGCCCACGCGACUACGUACAGGCAAAACGCCUAACUUGGCGCCUGACCGCAGAGCAAGAGGAGAGCAUGGACAAGUGCAAUCGUUUACUUUCGCGGCAGGCGGUCUCUUUGGAUGAUGACGCGAGUCGUGUGAUUGCCAACACCAACGUUUUGCCCUGGGAUUCCAAUACAUCAAUGGAUGAUACAAUAUCCAUGACUUCGACGGUGCUGCAACGUGGACUGGAACAGCAUCUGGGGUCGUCUGAGGCAGCAGCAAUGCAAAUGCCUCCUCUUGUUCGUCCAUCAUCUGCCUUACCUGGGAGUGAAAGCCGUCCACUAGAGUCCCUCAAUCAACUCGAGCACGGCAUGUGGCUGGCCAAGUAUAGCAAAGGCGGCUUGGGAUCUGCACGACGCAAAUUUUUUUGGCUCAAAUCUGCUACGGGCGAGAUGUUUUGGUGUGAUGAUCCGAACCAGCGCGAAGUACGGUUUUGUCAGGCCCGUGUAAAGAGCGUGCAGCCAGGCCACGACGUCCUAGCCCAGCGCAGCGACUUUGCUGCCAAUCGGUCGGCCUAUGCCAACAGCUUUAUCGUUGAAACAGAUGUCAAAAGCUUGUGUUUGGUGGCUGACUCGGCAGCUGAGCAAGCACUAUGGCUGCGUGCCCUGCAUCUGCUGGCCGAUCGCCCCGCACCGGCGCAUCAAGAGGAUUCUGUGUCUGCUCAGUCACCCUCUGCUUCGCCCAAGGAAGAGUCGGAAAGCCACGUGGGCCCAGCUCCGGGCCAGGUGCUUGUGCGCAAGCUCACCCUGAACUCGGCAACAACUCGGCAUGGCGACAGUAGCUCCACGGAUCCCGACCCCACAGCUGCUAUUGCUCUAGACGAUGCCGAUGGCACUAGCACCGGCCCAGUCUGGGCUCGCCGGGUGGCCCCACAGUAA